UUAAAAAAUAAUUGAAUUAUCAAUUUAAUUAAUUUGUAUAACCGGGCGAUAUGCCAAUAAUUGGCGUAACUUGAUGACUAUUCCAUUGUUGAAAGUUCCGAACAUGCCGUGGAAACUGGCCUUGUUGUUGUUGGUUUGUAUCACCUAAAACUAAUCGAGGUAGAUAUAGAUACGUAUAUAUACAAUAUAAAUGAUCAGGAUAACGAGGCGAGUUGAAAUCCGGAUGACUUUCUGUCUGUGCAAGCUAACUUGAGAAAAAAUCAAGAUAUUUUGAUGAAACUUGGAAUGCUUGUUCUUGCCAAAAAAGUAAGGACGAGUACGACUGCAGUAUUGCAGCAAAGUAUCAGCUGAACAUCAGCAACAGAGUUUCAAGUUAAGCAGCUCGAACACAGCCAUAAAACUCUAAUUUGACACCGGGGAUUGCAGUAUCACCUGUGGGCAAUUCAAUGUAUAUAUCUCCUAAGCCACCAAAGCUACAGCUACAGCUAAAUUUACUCAGCGCAAAUAUUGUAAGGACUCCUACCGACAGUGUGGAAAUGGAUGAAAUCGGAAAAUAACCCUACUCACACCCGAUAUAACGGUAAACCUAUGUACUACAUGGAAGCUCUUUUGGGCCAAUUUGCCAGUAAAAGUUCCGUGAAGAUGUGGUCUGCUUGUCCAAUAUUUAUGGGAGUGGGCAUCGGGCAGGCAAUAGCAACGUUUGCCGUAUUGACAUACUAUUCGGCUUUAAUAGCUGUAACUAUUUAUUACUUCAUCGCAUCAUUUCAAUCGCCCUUGCCAUGGGCGUAUUGUAGGGAAGAGUGGCUAAACUGCGUCGGCUCCAGUCUCUCAAACAGUGAAAAUGUUAGCUCAAGUGAAAAAUUACAAAGCAGCUCCGAGUUGUAUUUCAGUAACACUGUUUUGAGAGAAUUGGACGAUAUAUCUGAAGGGAUUGGAAUUCCAAGCUGGCGACUUAUAUUAACUCUUUUGCUUUCUUGGAUAGUUACAUAUUUAAUUUUGAUAAAAGGCAUGAGAAGUUUGGGAAAGGUUGCAUACUUUUUGGCAAUAUUCCCCUACGUAAUCUUAAUAACAUUGCUAAUAAGGGCAGUGACUUUAGAGGGGUCUGUUGACGGAAUUAUAUAUUUUCUAAAACCUGAAUGGGAUAAACUGCUUAAUAUGAAGGUGUGGAAAGAAGCAGUAGUUCAGUGCUUCUUUUCUUUAGCUGUUUGUUUUGGACCGAUUGUUGCGUUUUCGUCGCAUAAUCAAUUUCGUUACAAGGUUUACAGAGAUGCUAUGAUUGUUACAACAUUGGACACCAUUACAUCACUUGUGGCUGGCAUUACUAUUUUUGGAAUAUUAGGAAAUUUAGCACUUAACCUGAAUGCACCAAAUAUUAGCGAGGUGGUGCGUAGUGGCACUGGAUUAGCAUUUAUUUCAUAUCCUGAUGCAAUUGCUAAAUUCAAUUUUGUACCUCAACUUUUUGCGGUAUUAUUUUUUUUCAUGCUUUUUGUUCUCGGUAUCGGCACCUUAGCGGCACUACAAAGUGCUUUAGUGACAAUUAUCUGUGACCAAUUCAAAUUAAAAAGGUUCUGGCUUGUUUCAUUGAUAACAACAAUAAUCGAAUUUGGCAUUAGUAUAUUAUAUGUGACGCCGGGUGGACAAUGGAUUCUUAAUCUUGUGGACUAUUUCGCUGGAACCUACAUAGUAUUCUCUCUAGCAGUUUUUGAAAUAGUCGGUAUAACAUGGUUCUAUGGUCUGCGUAACUUCUGUGAUGACGUGGAAUUCAUGACCAACCGAAAAGUGUCCAUUUACUGGCGGCUUUGUUGGGGCAUAAUAACUCCAUUACUAUUGGCGGUCAUUUUUAUAUAUUCACUUGCGGUCAUGGAACCUUUAACAUAUGCAGGGUGGUCAUACCCCUCUUCUGCCGAAAUUGUCGGCUGGAUAUUACUCUUACUUGGAUUUCUUCAAUUUCCGUUGUGGGGUAUUUGGUACUUAUAUAUUCAUAAAGAAGCUACCUUUAGAAGAACAAUCAAAAAAUCGAUAUCUCCGAGUCAGCAGUGGGGCCCAACAGAUCCAGAAAUAUAUGUGGAAUGGCUGCAGCACAAGGAAUCUCUGAAGAGGUUGCGGGAAGAAGAGAGAAAUGAAAAGGCGCUUAGCAAGUUUAAGCAAAAUAUUUAUUAUCUAAUAGGCAUAUCGAAAUAAAGUUGAUAAAUGGCAAUAUAA